AUGGCACGAGUUCUCCAAGACCCAUGGGACCUCGAUCAUAACGUCCGUGUUUAUGACAAUGAUGGAACCAUACUUGCUUCAUUACAAGUCAACUCGGAUCGAAUCUACGUGACUUACCAGAUGCUGUACCGCUACUGCAGUAUGAUUUUCAUCAUACCCAGCCAGCAAACGUGGUCAUUAUUUUCUCUCCUCCAAAAUGGGACGCUAGGCGGCUAUGUGCCUCGUGAAGACAGCCAAACCCUCGUCGCCCCGGGCAAUUAUAUUGUUCUUGAUCACCAAAACCGAACCCCGAUCACGAUCCAACUCACCCCCGAGCGAGCACCACGCCGUGUCACCACCUGGGACCGGAGCACCCAGUCUCAAGGACAACGUGAAAGGGACCGGUUGCAGUCACAGUUCCGAAGAAGCGUUAGUGCACGAGACACCGCUUGCGCAAUCACUAACGCUGUCCCUACGUUCUCAACUCCCACCAAUCCAUAUGGGGGUCUACAAGCCUCCCAUAUAUUCCCUACAAGCCAGCUUGUAGAAUGGAACCGAGCCAACUACAGACGUUACAUUACCGAUCCUAGUCCUGCAAACCAAAUUGGGGACAGUGGCCUUUACUCCCCCCAGAAUGGGCUUUUCCUCGAUGCCGCUGUCCAUCAAAUGUUCGAUGAGUUCCUAUUAGGGGUGGAUCCAGAUGCCGGCUACCAAAUAAUCUGUUUCAGCGCAGAUCCAAGAGAACUCGGCGGGGAACGCCUCAGGAGCUCUGCCAGAAAUGGUACUAACCCAAAUAACCGCGUCAGUGCAGAUCUUCUGCGCUGGCAUCUGAGAAUGUGUGUGUACCGCAGUAUGAAAGGCAAUGCUGAGCCUCGGUCGUCAUGGGAAGAAGAUCUCGGCAGCGACGAUGUAGGGCAAAUUCUCGAGCAGCCAGAUGCCGGCGAAAGAAUGGAGGUAGAGCUCUUCACACGUCUCGGAGAACUGGUGGCUUAG